AUGUUACUUAUUUAUUACUUAUCACAAUUAUCAUUAACUUAUGUUCUACCUCCAGGUUUAUCACUUAAUGACGAUCAGAUUAAAAACUUGACGCUAUAUGAGAUUGAAAAAAUUCUACUCCAAAAUAGUUCAAGCCUAAGAGAUUUUGUUGGGAUGCCUUACCCUGAUCAUGAUCUGGUAUCUUCGACAAACAAUUGUUUAAUUACUGAGGAGUUAGAUUUUGAUAUAACGAUUCUACAAAAAGAAUCUCAUCAGCUACUUGAAUCAUUAACAGUUGAACAACGCUCAAUUUUUGAUGAAAUCAUGACAGUUGUUAAAGAGAAUAAAGGAGGAGUGUUUUUUGUUUAUGGCUAUGGAGGUACUGGUAAAACUUUCCUUUGGAAGACUUUAUCUGCAUCUUUAAGGUCUAAAGGUGAUAUCGUCCUAAAUGUUGCUUCAAGUGGUAUUGCUUCGUUGUUACUAACCGGAGGUAGAACAGCACACUCACGCUUUAUAAUUCCUCUAAAUCUUACAGAGGAUUCUUUUUGUUCUUUUGGGAAAGACAGUGAUGUAGCUGAAUUGUUAAAAAAAACAUCAUUGAUUAUAUGGGACGAGGCAUCUAUGAUUCAUAAGCAUGCAUUUGAAGCCUUGGAUCGUUCUAUGAAAGAUAUAUUCACUUGUGAUCUUCGUACCAACUCAAAGUUGCCAUUCGGAGGAAAAACAAUUGUUUUUGGAGGAGAUUUUAGACAAAUUCUACCUGUUAUUCCUAACGGAAGCAGGCAAGAAAUUGUUAAUGCUUCUUUAUCUUCUUCUUACAUUUGGUCAAAUUGCAAAGUGUUAACAUUGACAAAAAACAUGAGGUUAAGUGUUCUCGCAUCCAAUAUUCAAGAAACGACAAAUUUUGCAAAUUGGAUUUUGGAUAUAGGAGAAGGAAAGGUUGGUGGUUUAAAUGAUGGAGAGACAAUUAUUGAUAUUCCUGAUGAUCUUCUUAUUGUUGAUUCUACUGAUCCUAUUGGUUCAUUAAUUGAAUUUGUCUAUCCUUCGAUCGUUGAAAAUGCCAAGAAUCCGAUUUAUUUUCAAGAAAGAGCAAUCCUUGCACCGAAGAAUGAAGUUGUUCAAGAGAUUAACGAGCGUUUGUUAAAAUUAUUUCCGGGAGCCCAACAGGAGUAUCUAAGUUCAGAUAGUCUUUCACAUGCAGAUUUUGUUCAUGAUAACAUUCAUGAAACUUUAUACUCCCCUGAUGUUCUAAAUGGUCUUAAACCUUCAGGUAUGCCAAUUCAUAAGUUGGUAUUAAAAGUCGGUGUUCCAGUUAUGUUACUAAUAAAUAUUGAUCAAAAAUCUGGAUUGUGUAAUGGAACAAGGCUACGGGUUCUUGCCUUGGGCAAACGUGUUAUAGAAGCUGAGAUAAUAUCUGGAAGUAAUAUUGGAAACCGUACGUUUAUUCCAAGAAUGUCUUUGACGCCUUCGGACAAAAGGAUUCCUUUCAUAUUUCAAAGACGACAAUUCCCGUUGGCUGUAUGUUUUGCGAUGACAAUAAAUAAAAGCCAAGGACAAUCACUAUCGAAGGUGGGGUUGUUUUUGAGACAACCAGUAUUUACUCAUGGGCAGUUGUAUGUUGCAUUGUCGAGAGUGAAGAGUAAAAAUGGAUUAAAAAUAUUAAUUUUAGAUAAAGAUGGUAAACUCACCAAUAAGACAUCUAAUGUUGUAUUCAAAGAAGUCUUUAGAAAUUUGUAA